CCAGACACAAAGCGGAUCAGCCUGGGGGAGGGGGCCGACCUGCGGGACUCUCCUUCCAGCACCAGCCUUCAGCCACCCCUCCCUUAGGACCCUGCGGACACCACGCCCCGCGUCCACGCCCUCUCCUCAAACCCCCCCAUCCUUAAAAAGAAGAAAAGUCCCUGACCCGGCGUCCCAGGGCCAGAAGACCUGCCACAGGGAAGCCAGUGGAGACAACCCGACCACAGAGACUGACAACGCGACAGGACCCGCCCCUCUGCCUCCACCUCUCCCGGACCUCUGCUGCUCCGCCACCGCUCCAAGUGCUGGGGGCCGGCGCGGCUGUCACGCUCCAGCAGGGGGACCCUCGGCUACGCAGUCAGCUGGCGCCCGCGUAGAUGGCGAGGAGCCCCCAAGGCCUCCUGAUGCUGCUGCUGCUGCACUACUUAAUGGUCGCCCUGGACUAUCAUAAGGCAAAUGGACUUUCUGCAUCAAAAGACCACCAAGAAGUUACAGUAAUAGAGUACCAAGAGGCAAUUUUAGCUUGUAAAAGCCCAAAGAAGACGACCUCCUCCAGAUUAGAGUGGAAGAAACUGGGACAGGGUGUCUCCUUGGUGUACUACCAACAGGCUCUGCAAGGUGACUUUAAAGAUCGUGCUGAGAUGAUAGAUUUCAAUAUUCGAAUAAAAAAUGUUACAAGAAAUGAUGCCGGAAAGUAUCGCUGUGAAGUCAGUGCUCCAUCUGAUCAAGGCCAAAACCUGCAGGAAGAUACAGUCACCCUAGAAGUCUUGGUGGCCCCUGCAGUUCCUUCCUGUGAAGUACCCACUUCUGUCAUGAGUGGGAGUGUUGUAGAGCUGCGCUGUCAAGAUAAAGAAGGAAACCCUGCUCCUGAAUACACAUGGUUUAAAGACGGCACCAGUUUACUAGGGAGCCAAAAGCUUGGCAAACACAACAGCUCAUACACAAUGAAUACAAAAUCUGGAAUUCUGCAAUUUAACAUGAUAUCCAAGAUGGACAGUGGAGAGUACUACUGUGAAGCCCGUAAUUCCGUCGGACACCGCAGGUGCCCCGGGAAACGAAUGCAAGUAGAUGUUCUCAACAUAAGUGGCAUCAUAGCAGCUGUAGUAGUUGUGGCCUUCGUGAUUUCUGUAUGUGGCCUUAGUGUGUGCUAUGCUCAGAGAAAAGGCUACUUUUCAAAAGAAUCUUCCUUCCAGAAGGGCAGUCCUGCAUCUAAAGCCAUGGCAAUGAGUGAAAACGAUUUCAAGCACACAAAAUCCUUUAUAAUUUAAAAGAAUUCCACUUUCAAGAUGCGCCAAAACCAGUUGUCACACAAGUUAUUAAAAUAUUAUAAAAACCUG